GCAGGCAUCAGAAUUGAUGAGAAAUACAGCUUGUGAGUGAAAGUGGGCGACCUGAGGAACUGCCUAGAUUAGGCGUCACAAUUCCCCAAGUUCAUUUGCUUGUCUUUGAGUUAAUUCAAUCGUCCUUUCCACACGAGCUCGAGCUGCUUGUAGGCAUUUGUUGCUGCAAUUAUUAAAAGACACAGUUCAAGCAGCGAUCGUGAGAUAUACCCCUCAAAAUGGAGUCAACCAACCAAGAGAACUUCUUUGAGACAGACACUCAGCAACAAAAGCGCCAGCAGCGUGCCAAGAAGGAGGGAAACACCUUUGGCAACCCUCUGCGCAUGCCCUCCAAGCUUUUGGCUGUCAUCAAGGAUACCAAGUCCAAUAACUCCGUGUUCGUUGCAGAGUCUGGCGGGAGGGUAUCUAAGGUGAACAUUGAGACUCGAACCACCACAGCAAAGUACACCGGCCCCUCCGUCCCAGUAACAUGUCUCGCAACAGGCGGCCCCUCCAACAACACCCUCUUCGCAGGGAGCUGGGACAAGGCAAUCUGGUCCUGGGACGUCGCGACGCGCCGCCCAGGCCGCAAAUUCGACGGCCACUCCGACUUUGUCAAGGCCCUCGUCUGCGGCCGCCUCGGCGACAAGACCAUCCUCAUCAGCGGCGGCGCCGACAAGAAGAUCAUUGUCUGGGACGCCGACGCCGGCCGCAAGCUGCACGUCCUCCAGGACCCGGCCACGACCAUGAUGUCGCUGCAGUCCCUCGCCAUCGACCCCAUCCUCAGCACCGCCGACGAGAUCGUCCUUGUCAGCGCCAGCAGCGAUCCGCACAUUCGCCGGUGGAGGAUCUCCCUCGACUCGUACGCGCAGCUCCCCUUUGACCAGCCUGCUGGAGAGAAAGCCGCCGCCGCCGCCGCGGGCGAAGAGAAGCUCACGAUCCAAGAGCACGAGACGAGCGUGUACAAGGUCCUCUUCGACAUCACCGGCGACGAAGUCGACCUCUGGACCGCGAGCGCCGACGGCACGGCCAAAUGCCUCCUCCGUGAAAAGGCCUUCACCUCGGAAGACGCCUUUGAGCACGGCGACUUUGUACGCGCCGUCGCGCUGACGGGCGACUGGGUCGUCACUGGUGGCAUCAGCCAGCAGAUCAAGGUCUGGGACCGGACGUCGGGCAAGCUGUACGCCCUUCUCGACGCGCACUUUGACGAGAUCACUGACUUUGUCGUCCUUCGGGAUUCGGCGGGGCGGUCCUCCUCAGAUGUGCUGUGCAGUGUCGGUAUCGACUGUACGUUGCGGACGUGGCCUCUUGAUCGCAAGGGGUUGGAUGCGGCGGUUGAGGAGAUCCGGGUUGCGUCUGAGGUCGUUGAUGGUCAGGAGGUUGAGGGGGAGAAGAAGAAAGAGGAUGAUAAGGAGCCUUUGAUGACGGCUGAGGAGGAAGCCGAGUUGGCUGCGCUGAUGGAGGACGAUUAGGAAGUACAGUCUAAUCAAUGAAUCGAAAUGGUGUUGCAGCUUGCUUCGCAUUCUAUUGCCACUUCAUUUUCAAAUCAUUGUUGUGAAGCAACGUCUUAUAACCUUCUCAAGUGUGGUCUUGCCAAU